GAUGCCAUGACGAGGCAUUUAGCGGUGGAGUGGGGCCCCAGCGGUGUGAGGGUGAACACCGUGGCUCCAGGGCCCAUCUCUGGCACAGAGGGAUACCGCAGACUGGGUGGUUCACAUGCUGAGACCGCAGGCGCUUUCCACAGCAUCCCGUUACAAAGAGCUGGAAACAAGACGGAGAUGGCGCACGCGGUUUUAUUCUUGGCCAGCCGCGCCUCCUCGUACGUCACUGGCUCUGUAUUGGUCGCCGACGGAGGGGCGUGGCUUACUUCAGCCAAUGACGUGGAGCGGCUGUUGGGUAUUGUCUCAUCUCGCUCUGCAAAACUAUGAACAGACUGCACCGCACACAGGUUUUUGGAUGGCAGAAAAAAGAAAGGAUAAAUAGCAAGAGGAUGAAAAAAAUGCAAUGAAUCUGCUGAAGUACAUUUGAAUGAGAAUUGUUGAAACGCGGGUUAUUCUUCACCCCAAAAUCAAGGAAAAGAAGUGAUGAUGAUCUGCUUAAAAACUAAUUUUUAAACAAACAUAUUAUUUUGUGACACUUUUUUUAUUAUAAAUGAGCACAAUGUCACCCAAAAUUCCUAACAAGACUUAAAAAUGCUUUUUACUUUUGACAAAAAAACAAAAGUGUCAAGAAAAGUUAGUUUUCAUUCCUUUUCCACAGUUAUGGUAGUUAGAAUAAGUUUCCUUUGUCUCAUUACUGUAAUGAAUGAUUUUUCCCUUCAGAAUAUGAGGUGAAAUAUGACUUGAACAGAUUGUUAUAACCCUUGUGUCGUCUUAACUGUUGUUAGACAUUUCUAGCAAAUUAUUCACGAAAGGUUUAGCAAUUAUAUUAGAUUAAAAUAUCCACUUAUAGCAGCAUUAAUAUAAAUAAACCUUCAACACUACAUAACUUAGUGCUGUUUUCUAAAUUUUAACUGUUUUAUAUUCACAGACUGUGCUCCAUGAAGACAUUUGGUCAAUUUCCUAGAGUAAAUAUAUAAAAACUCACACUUUAAAGACGAUUUUCUCAGAUUUUGCAUCAUUUUGAACGUCAGAUACAUGUUUUUCAAACAAAAGUGCAAACAUUUGUAUUUCUAUUGUAUUUUACAUAACAGUUUUCAUAAUAAAUCAUUUAUAAUAAUUACCAA